CAUAUACAUAGUCCGUACACUCAGUUACCGAUCGAGUUGGAAUCGUGCGUGACCGGCCGAACUGCAUAUCUAACGCAUACGCACGCAAAUCGCAAUCAAAUCACAGUCACCCAUCGUCGAGCUAGCUGUGCGCUUCGCAUGAUAGACCUAUCGUCCUCGAUGGUCACGUCGCCGGCAACGGCGAGCUGGUCGGACAUGGUGUUCGACCUCCUCGCCACCGUCUUCCACACCUUCAGCGACCCCGCCGACCUCCUUCGCUGCGCCGCCGUCUGCUGCUCCUGGCACGCCGCCGCCGCCUCCGUCCGCGACCGCCACCCGCUCUUCUCCCGCCGCCCGCCGCCGCCGUGCCUAGUCUACACGGCUGCUGCCUCGGGCGACGGCGACGACAACACCCGCGCCGCCACCAUCUUUCCCCUCGCCGGCGGCGGGAGGACGUUCGAGGUCACGCUGCCGGCUGAGCCCCCCAUCCGCGACAGGUCAUGGUUGGGCAGCUCCCAUGGAUGGAUCGUCACCGCCGACGCCGACUCCGCCGAGCUCCGCCUCGUCAACCCCGUCACCGGCCAGCAGAUCGACUCGCUCCCGCCGGUCGACACCAUCGAGCACGUCAGGCACCGCAGCCAGAGCGCCGCCGCCGCCGACGACGACGACGAAGAUGACUACGACUACGAGAUCGUCCAGUACGACUGGACCAUGGAGCAGCGCGACGACCGGCCACCGACCCAGGCGAAGGCCGGUGAGCUCGCCGAGUACCUCCUCAUGCGCGCGUUCCUGUCGUCUGAUCCAUCGUCGGACAGCGGCGGCGGCGGCUGCAUCGUUGUCCUGCUCCACCGGCCAAAGUACCAGCUCUCGUUCGCGCGGGUGGGCGUCGACGAGCGCUGGGCUUGGGUCAACCUGCCCGACUCGGACUUCUACACCGACGUCGUCUACAACGACGGCGACGGCAUGUUCUACGCUGUCAGGCACCAGGCCGCCAUCCACGCCUACGACUUGUCCGGCGGGCCCUCCGCCGUGCGCCGGACGAUCGUCCUAGCCGACCAGUUGCACGGCGUCAUCGACCUCGAGACCAAGUACCUCGUCCGCGCCCCCGACGGCGGCGAGUGGCUGCAGGUGUGGAGGAUGCUGAAGCCCGUGCGCCGCGCUGCCGACACCCACGGCGACACGACGCCGACGACGGCGGUGUAUAGGAAGACGACGAUCUGGAUCAAGGUGUUCCGCGUGGACCUCGCCGCGCAGAGGCUGCAGGAGACGGCGACGCUGGGCGACGGCGGCGACAGCCACGCGCUGUUCAUCGGGUGCAACCAGCCGUUCUGGGUGCCGGCCGGCGGCGGCGACGGCGAGUGCCCGGCGGGCGGCGUGCUGCCCAACCACAUCUACUACACGGACAACGAUGAGGACUACGCGCUGCUCUACCCGGAGGCGCCCAGGGACAUCGGCGUCUACAGCGUCGCCGACGGCAGCUUCUCGCCGUUCCGGCCAUCUCUACCAUGGCUGACUUGGCCAUUGCCGAUCUGGCUUGUUCCCAAUUUCGGUUACUACUGUCAAGGUUAAGUUAGGAAGAACUAAAUUAACACAGAGCAGCUAAGUUUGAUUCAUUGAUUGGUUGUUUUUUGUUGCUUUCAUUAUUUAAAUCUACGUUUUAUUGUCUCUGAUUUUUUUUUAAUCAUCGUUCAAUCCAAAUGUCGGGCUGUGCAUAGAGUGUGACUUUUCUUUUUUCCUUCUAAAUUAAAUUUUGUGCUGAUAAGACUAGACUUCUUUUUUUCUCUACCUGUAUGGAUUUGACCAAUUUAACUAUAUUUUUUUUAAAGCUAGAAUAUUUUGUAAAUGCUCCGAACUUCUCUAGUCAUCACUAGUUCACCACCUCUUCAAGCGAAAAAAAAAAUGGAACUCGUUUCUUCAGUUAACUUCAUCUGAUCGUAUAGUAAUACAUACACAGGGAGGGGCUUUGUUUUGUGCUUUUGUAAUAUGUCUCAUUAGUUCUGAUUAUCCUCAUUUGAGGAACAUUUGUUGUUAACCUUUUUAAAUUUCUCUUUCCACUCUCAAUAUAAUCUCAAGCGCCAUCCUGCACUCGCCUCCAAAUAA